AAGGAAGUCAGUCGGUGUGCUCUCGCUCUCCAAAAAAAAGCCAAACAACAAAAAUUAAGACAACCGAGGUAGAGACAAAAGCUACGGAAUCGGUUAAGUGCUCGUAAAUGAAUUAAUACGAAAUUUAUCGUUUUAUAGGCCACAUUAAUCAAAUGCCUUACAACAAGGCCCAUAGAAUGCCACAUAAAUAAUAAACAAACUUCGUGUAAAAGUGCCAUAAAACAUUUCUGAGCUUGUUGCAAUUAAUCUGAAUGCAUUUGUGAUACGAUUAAUUAUUUACACUUCCCAACGUCACCGUGAAUAUCAAUAGCCAUAGCAAUUCAGAAUCGAAUAUAUCCAUAUCGGAAGCUCAAUACAUAUCGGUUUCAACCUCAACUUGAACUGAGCUGCGUGCGUGCCCAUUAAUCAUUCUAAAACGAGCCGUGAAUCGCGAAUUAUUCGGCCAUAAAUCAUGGGCAUCUUACUAAGUGAUGGCGAUUUGACUCCUUCGAAUGCUGCAAUCUUCUUUAUAAAAUCAUAUUCCACAUCGGAUCAGCAGUCGACACGCGACUAUCCGCAUUUCAGCGGCGACCAGCACAACGUGACGCUGCCGGUUGCCUCCGCAUCCGCAUCCGUAUUCGAAUCCGCUUCUGCCUCCCACGCCGCCGCCGUAAAGAUGUACCACAGCAGCGCCGUAGCGGCAUACACGGACCUGGCUGCCGCCGGUAGUGCGGCCAGCGCCGGAGUCGGAGUCGGGGUGUCCGGCUACCACCAGCAGGCCGUAAACGCUCCGGUUUACGUGCCCUCCAACCGCCAGUACAACCACGUGGCCGCGCAUUUCGGCAGUGCUGCGGCGCAGAAUGCCUGGACCACGGAGAGCUUCGGAUCGGCACACGGCCAGCUGCCGGCGCAGUUUUACUCUCCCAACGCCGUGAUGAUGGGCUCCUGGCGCAGUGCCUACGAUCCGUCGGGCUUCCAGCGAUCCUCGCCCUACGAGAGCGCCAUGGACUUUCAGUUCGGCGAGGGACGCGAGUGCGUCAACUGCGGCGCCAUAUCGACGCCCUUGUGGCGGCGGGAUGGCACUGGGCACUACCUGUGCAACGCCUGCGGACUGUACCACAAGAUGAACGGGAUGAACCGGCCGCUGAUCAAGCCCAGCAAGCGCCUGGUGAGUGCAACUGCUACCAGGAGGAUGGGCUUGUGCUGCACCAACUGCGGCACCCGAACAACAACCCUGUGGAGGCGCAACAACGACGGCGAGCCAGUGUGCAACGCCUGCGGCCUGUACUACAAGUUGCACGGUGUGAACCGACCACUAGCCAUGCGCAAGGAUGGCAUCCAGACCAGGAAGCGGAAGCCCAAGAAAACGGGCAGCGGAUCGGCGGGCGCAACGGGCACUGGUUCCGGAUCGAGCUCCACUUUGGAGGCCAUCAAGGAGUGCAAGGAAGAGCAUGAUCUCAAACCCUCGCUGAGCCACAGCCUUGGUAAACUGCACACGGACCUGAAGACCACCACCGGCAGCAGCAGCACUCUGAUGGGACACCACAAUACCCAGCAGCAACAGCAACAGCAGCAGCAGCAGCAACAACAGCAGCAGGCGGCUCACCAGCAAUGCUUCCCCCACUAUGGACAGGCGGCGACGCCACAGCAGCACCAGCAACAUGGUCACGGCAUGACUCCGACCUCCGGCCAGUCCCAGUUGGGUGCUCGCCAGCUCCACGGAGCGGCAGGAUCGCAGCUCUACACGCCCGGCAGCAGCUCGGGCGGAGGCAGUGCGUCCGCCUACACGUCGCACAGUGCCGAGACGCCGACGCUGAGCAAUGGCACCCCCUCGCCCCACUACCAGCACCACCACCAUUUGGGCGGAUCCCAUGGACACCAUGUGACGGCAGCGGCCCAUCAUCACUUGCAUGCCGCCGCAGCUGCCGCCGCGUAUGGAGUGAAAACGGAGACGAGUGCCACCAACUAUGACUAUGUGAACAAUUGCUACUUUGGUGGCACCUUCGGAGCGUUGGGCGGAGCUGCGUCCACGGCGGCCAUGGCGGGCGGAGCGGCCAGCGAGUUGGCCGGCUACCAUCACCAGCACAACGUCAUCCAGGCGGCCAAGCUGAUGGCGACCUCGUAAUCCCUAAGCACUGGACAUUGGACACUGGACAUUGGACACUGGCUCUGUGAUGUGAUCUCCCUCCUCCACACCAAUUGCACCUAAACGUGAAGCCUUAGUUGGAAUCAUUGCAUUGAAAAGACUUUAGACAUUAAUCCCACUCGACCCUGCUCGUAUCUCCAUUUCAAUCAAGUUUCUCAAAAUCAUAUAGACUUUAAAAUUCAAAAAUCCGAUAUUUUAACAAUUAUGAUUUCGCCAAAAUUUAGUGGAAAUUGGAAACUUAAACAGUGGUUGUUUUUAGGUUAAAAUCUGCUGAAUAGCACUUAGUUUCUAUGUCGUGUAAAUAACUAAUAGCAAUUCUCGUUGUACAAAUAUACGUUUAUAUAUGUGUGCUUAACCAUGGAGCUAUAUAUAUGUGUACAGAUAUUUUUUAUCGCUUCGUUUAUAAUUCAGUUCCAUAUAGUUCUUUAUCAUAACUCUUGUUCAACUAGCUUAAAUAUUGUAUGUGUAAACCGCACUUCCCCCACCCACCCUUUUCAUAGAACAUUUAGAUGUAGUCGUACGUAUUAGUAUAGUAUUAUUAUAACUCUGCUCCUUAAAAUAUGAACGCUAAAUAAAGAUUGUAUUCAAAUAUAA